AUGUCAAGUCUAGAAGAUUUGAUUCCUACGGUGAAUAAGCUACAGGAUGUUAUGUACGAUGCAGGCAUUGACAGUUUGGAUCUACCGGUUUUAGCUGUUAUUGGAUCGCAAUCUUCUGGUAAGUCUUCGAUCUUGGAAACGUUGGUCGGGAGAGAUUUCUUACCUCGUGGUACUGGUAUUGUUACCAGACGUCCUCUAGUUCUUCAGUUGAAUAAUAUUGAUCCGAAUUCUCCAUUGGUUUAUAAUUAUGACAAUUCUUCAUCUACGUCACUUGAACAGGUUAAUGACGAGCCAGAUGCCCGCACGGAGAAGGAAAUGACCUUGGAAGAUCAUUUGAGAAAGAAUUCAAACUAUAAGCCUGAAAUAAAGAAUGAAUGGGGUGAGUUUUUACAUAUUCCAGGUCGUAGAUUCUACGACUUUUCUGAAAUUAGAAGGGAAAUUGAAAACGAAACUGCUAGGAUUGCAGGGAAAGAGAAGGGAAUAAGCAGAAUUCCAAUCAACUUGAAAAUAUAUUCUCCGCAUGUUUUGAACUUGACUUUAGUGGAUCUACCAGGUAUCACUAAGGUUCCGAUUGGGGAACAGCCACCGGAUAUUGAAAGACAAAUCGAGAAUUUGAUCUUGGAAUAUGUUGCCAAGCCAAACUGUAUCAUCUUGGCCAUCUCCCCUGCUAAUGUCGAUCUCGUUAAUUCAGAAUCUUUGAAAUUGGCCAGAGAGAUAGAUCCCCAUGGGAAAAGAACUAUUGGUGUUAUUACUAAAUUGGAUCUUAUGGACCAAGGCACUAAUGCUUUGGAUAUUUUGUCAGGGAAGUUGUAUCCUUUGAAGCUAGGAUUUGUCGGUGUGGUGAACAGAUCCCAGCAAGACAUCCAACAAAACAAAAGUGUUGAAGAAGCUUUGAACUCAGAAGAACAAUUCUUUGCAAAACAUCCUGUUUACAGAACUAUUUCAACUAGAUGCGGAACCAGAUACUUGGCUAAAUUAUUGAACCAAGUCUUGAUGAAUCACAUUAGAGAUAAAUUGCCAGAUAUCAAAGCCAGAUUAAAUACCCUCAUCGGACAAACCGAACAAGAAUUGGCUACAUAUGGUGACGAUAAAGUUAUCACGAAAGAAAAUAGAGCUGGCCUUGUUUUGCAAUUGAUGAAUAAAUUUGCUACUAAAUUCAUUUCUUCCAUCGAUGGUACUUCCUCGGAAAUAAGCACUAAAGAACUUUGUGGUGGUGCCAGAAUCUAUUACAUCUAUAACACUCUAUUCGGGAAAUCUCUAAACUUCAUCAACCCUACUUCUAACUUAUCAAUGACGGACAUCAGAACAGCUAUAAGAAACUCAACUGGGCCAAGACCUUCAUUGUUUGUUCCAGAAUUAGCAUUCGAUCUAUUGGUUAAACCACAAAUCAGAUUACUUCUAGAUCCAUCUCAACGUUGCGUAGAAUUGGUGUAUGAAGAAUUGAUGAAGAUAUGUCACAACUGUGGCUCUCCUGAGCUAGCAAGAUAUCCAAAACUACAAAGUAAGCUAGUCGAGGUUGUCAGUGAACUGUUGAGGGAAAGAUUGGGACCAACUCGUUCUUACGUCGAAAGUUUGAUUGAUAUUCAUAAAGCGUACAUUAACACAAAUCAUCCAAAUUUCCCAAGUGCUACAGAGGCCAUGGCCGAGAUUGUUGAAGCUAGAAAGAACAAAAAGCAAACGGAAAGACUUCAGAAACAGAGGGAAUAUGAGAAGCAGCUACUGUUAGAGCAACAACAAGCUGAACGUGAAAUGAAGAAAUCCGAUUCAGUAGAUGAGACAGAACAAGAUUUGAAGCUUGAUUCUGAUUCCACAGCAACCAGCGAGCACGACUCUGAAGAAGAAAAUGAUAUGAAGCAAUCAAAGGAUUCCUUCUUGAAUUAUUUCUUCGGCAAAGAACAAAAGAGUUCCAAUACAAAGCUUUCUUCGAGAAUUGAUUAUAACGGCUCUGAUAAUUCUUAUGACAUCGAAAAUUUGCAAAUUCAAGAUUUUAAAGACAAGAGCGCAGAUGCCCAUACCAAAUCUGAAGCUGCUACCGAAUUUACCGAACGUGAAGAGUUGGAAUGUGAAUUAAUUAGAAGAUUGAUCGUCUCAUACUUUUCCAUUGUUAGAGAGAUGAUCGAAGAUCAGGUCCCAAAGGCUGUAAUGUGCUUGCUAGUAAACUAUUCAAAAGAAUCUGUCCAAAAUAGACUAGUCACAAAGCUUUACAAAGAGUCACUCUUCGAUGAACUCUUGAUGGAAGAUCAGACUUUAGCACAGGACCGCGAAAAAUGCGUCAACCUUUUGGAAACUUAUCAAAAAGCAUCAGGUAUUAUCGGAGACAUUCUAUAG